CAUUUUAUGUUAUUGUAAAAUGAACGCAUUUAGGAAGAGAGAAGAUCAAAUGUAUCUCUGUGUACAUAUAUAAAAUGUGUACUUGCAGUGUGUUUGCAGAGGGUUAUAUUUUUUCAUUUUCAGAAAAACAUUGAGUGGGCCCCAAAGGUGGCUGCAUAUUUGCUCGGUGAGUAAGGAAUGUGGUUGCAUGCCUUACUCAUAAGCCAGAUUCAGCUCGCACACAGUAAGAGCAAGAGAGAGAGAGACGGGGGGAGACAGAGUGAAAGUAAGCAAGAGAGGAAAGAGACGGGGCAGACUAUGCUCACGGCAAAUGAGCUCAUUCACUCUAAGGUCACAGAGAGAGAGAGAGAGAGAGAGAGAGAGAGAGAGAGAAGGCGGGGAAAGACUUGAACGGAGGCUUUACAACAAUAGCGAGUUCUACUUUCAGUUGUUGCCACACAGAAUGAGAUCGAGGAAGGAUCCGUGGCGCUCCUGAGGGAAGACCACACACUUCUUCUGCCCUCGUUUCUGUGAGGAGGAAGCAGUUGUUACUUUUUCUGUGGAGUUUCCCUCCUCAGUGUUUUUUAGGAUCUUAAUUUUUAAAGCAACAUUCGGACAUAUAGUUCUUGGAUUGCGGUUCAGACUGGUUGGUGCGGAUGCCCCUAGACGUGGUCAUAUCCCCUCCAGAUAACUGCUUCUGGUCGGGGAUCCAGCAAACAGACAUGAGGCUCAAAAUCAGAGUCCACAAGAUGAGAAAAGAACGGAAACUAAGAGGUGGUUUUGCAGCAUUCUCAUCCUGUUUUCCGGGCCUGUGUGAAGGCAAGCCAGUGGCCACUCUGCCUAUGAGCUUGUCUCAGCCAUGUCUGCCUGUGGCAAACGUUGGUCCCACACGAAUCCUGCCCCAUCUCUACCUAGGCUCUCAAAAAGAUGUGCUCAACAAGGAUCUGAUGGCUCAAAACGGCAUCACAUAUGUGUUAAAUGCGAGCAACACCUGCCCAAAGCCAGAGUUCAUCUCCGAAAGCCAUUUCAUGCGCAUUCCCGUCAAUGACAACUACUGUGAAAAACUCCUGCCAUGGCUAGACAAAACCAACGAGUUUAUUGACAAAGCCAAGGUUUCCAACUGUCGAGUCAUUGUCCAUUGUUUAGCUGGCAUCUCCAGGUCCGCUACCAUUGCCAUCGCUUAUAUCAUGAAGACAAUGGGCUUGUCAUCAGAUGAUGCGUACAGGUUUGUGAAGGACCGCAGACCUUCAAUAUCACCCAACUUCAACUUCCUGGGGCAGCUGCUGGAGUUCGAGAAAGGUCUGAGGUUGCUAAAGGCUCUGUCCUCAGGGCAAGAGAAGUUGGAGCAGUUGAAGGAAUUGUCACAACCUAGAGGAGAAUCUUCUAGUGAUCCUGAAAAGGCUCGUCUGGGGGCUGAGAAGGAUAGCACAGAUUUGGACACCAAGCUACCUUCUCCAACCUCCCUCCAGCAGGGCUUUAAUGGCUUGAAUCUGUCGGCGGAGCGUAUCCUAGACACCAACCGGCUCAAACGCUCUUUCUCACUUGACAUCAAAUCCGUCUAUGAGCCCAACCACUGUCCUCGUCUCACGCCCACUCAUAACGAGGAUGUUCCCAAACUCUGCAAGCUGGAUAGCCCAGAAGCUGGAGAAGCCAAUGGUGUCUGCCAUUACUCACCUGUUUCCAUAAGCCCUGCUUCAGCUGAAUCUCCAGGCCUCUUUCCUGAGAGCAGCUCCCGACCUCGUUCACGGAGGAAAAGCAAGCACAAUGGUAGCAGUGCUGGAAGUUCUCCCAUGCACUCGCACAGCCUAAACUAUGGACACUCGCUCCCUACACACAAAAGUCCCAGUCUUGAUGACAAUCUGAAGCCCUCUCUGCUGCUCAGCCUUCCUACUGUGGGCACCGGGCCCAUGUGGACCAAGCAUAGAGACACCGUACAGGCCACAACCCCUGUUACGCCAACAGGCGAAGCCCCUUGGUUCUACAGCUCGGAGUCAAUGAACAGUAACGGAGGUGGAGGAGGGGCGGUACACUUUCCUGCACUAGGGUGUAGCAGCCUCCCUGGACCAUGCGAUGCUGUGCGUCUGCGGGACAAGGUGGGGGAGCCACGGGACUCGAGGGGCAGCUGGCACGAGGAUGCUCCCACUUCCAGUGCUGCCGAUAAGCAGUUCAAGCGGCGCAGCUGUCAGAUGGAGUUUGAAGAGGGGAUAUCGGAGACACGUUCAAGGGAGGAACUGGGAAAGAUCAGCAAACAGUCCAGCUUCUCUGGAAGCAUGGAAAUCAUCGAAGUGUCCUGACAUCACCUGCACGGCCCCUGGGGACUUUUUCAUACAGACAGACAGGCGCUACUUAUGAGUAAGGAUGACUAAGAGUGGGCCUGGCAAGGCUGUGGAACAUUCAUAUUAGUUCAUAGGAUUGUCGAUAAUAAGCGGUUCUCAGAAAUGGGACUUUCUUUUUUCUUUUUUUGUCUUUUUAAGCCGGUGGAACCGGACGCAGAUUGACUUUGCUUUGUCUUUCUACUGUUUUUAAGCCAUAGCCUUCCCCAGAUGACAAUGAGCUGAGACUACAGUUGCAGAAUCCCUUGUUUCCUCACACUAGAAACAGAACCCCCCCACCCCCAUUCCUCAUAAAAGCAUUACCAGCCUUUUGGUGUAUUAAGAAUCAAGCAUGGCUGUUAUGCUCACACUUGUUUCUUUUAUUAUGCUGCCCUGGACUUACAAGUUACACCGCCACAGCACAAGGAGUCAGCACAGACUAAGCCAUGGUGGUACAUGCUUUUACUGGCUGAAUGAAGGCCUCUUUGUGCAGUGCUCAUGUCCACCCUGCUCCUGUAUCCCAGCAUUCAUGGAAUCCUGGAGGAGGAACCAGGCAUGCCAUGAAGGAAACGCAUUGUGGACGCUUUCCUAUAAUGUUCUCUGUCACUCUUUUGUUACCCAGAUUUCAGGGUCUUGUCCUUCCCCUCCUGUGCCCAAGUGGUGAUGCUCGAACUGUUGUGCAACCCACGUUCCUCUCACUAAGCAUGCGUCAAGGCUGCUGUUUUAAUUACAAACAAAUAGUAUAUGAACUAUACACAGUGAUUUCAAUGGACGUUUAAUUAUUUUCUUUUUUUUCUUUUCAUUUUCUUAGUUUCUGGUUUUAAUUUAUUCUACUGGUUCAUUCUGGUAAUGAGAAAUAAUAUAAAGAUUGUGGAGUUUUUAUUUUUCCUCUUUUUCAGUGUUGAUCUUUUUUUUUUCAGUGAUUUACAAAAAUACACUCACAAAACCGAUACGCAACUACAAGCAAUAUGUGUUUUUACUUCUUUUUUUUGUCCUCUUUUUUCUUUAUAUGGGAGUGCGGUUAUUACCAGGAAUUAUCUGAUGUUUAAAUGCACUUUCUGUUGCUUUAAGAGGGAAGUUUUGGGACGUUCACAUUAAAAGGGUACCACAACGCUUUACAAAAAAUCAUGUGUAACCAUUGAUGUCCUGCAGUGUGUCACAAACUAAAGCAUUUGGUAUGGCUUUCGUUUGUCUCUCCAGCCUGCUGGUUUGAAUUAUUAAAGACUUUAAUCCAGCAUGAAUAAUCUAGAGUAAUCUAGAGGAAUAUGUAUGAUACCCCGGCAUUGUAAAAUGAGUAGCGACUCAUUUUGAUUUUCAAGAAUUUGAUUUUUGUAUUAACAAGCACACAAGACAAAAUGAAGGGGGGAAAAAUGACAGGGACUUUAAAGAGGUUUGUCUGUGUCCCCCAUUUGUUCUGCAUAUUUAUGACAUUAUUUAUUGUUUGUUUGGGUCUGAUUGCAGAAGGAUGUGUGGAUGGAUGUUGUGAAUGACUGAAAGAUGGACCCUUUGCAGAUGCUCUUAGAAAACGGCAUCUUGGAGAAGAGAUAAACUCCUAACCUUUUCAUUGGCAAAAAAAAAAAAAAAUUUUACAUUAUUGGAUCAUAAACUUUAUAUGAAAGACAAGUAACUGAUAAGAACAGAAUCUGCACUAUGGUGACAAUACAUUCUGCUUGCUUUCUUCUCAGGGGAGCUUUUAAUGAGUCAAUUACAUGUCUGAGCUUUCUCUUUUUAUCCCUUUUCUUCAUCUCUUUUUAGCACCGAUUUCUCUUCUACACUUGCUCUCCUUCGCUCACCUUUUCCCUUCAUCCUCUCUGUUUCUCUCAAAAUCUCUAGAAUGCUCCAAAGGUUAAAUAUAACACAGAAAGGGUGUGUGUGUGUGAAUGGGAUUGCCCUCUCCGUGGGAGAUAGUUCAGCAAUUUAUUUAUGUCUGUAUUUUUUUCAGUUAGCUUUUCUGUAUGGCAAAUCUUGUAUUUGUGCUGCUGUAUUUUUUUUCCUUGUGUAAGACAUUACCUAUAUUUCCUUUACCUUCCCUGUACUAUACAUUUUUAAAGACCUUGUUAUUAUUAUUUAAAACAUGUAAUAAAAGAUGCAGGCUGUCAUUUUUGCUGAAAUUGUUAAAUAGCUGGCAACUAAUUAUUAUUAUCAUUAUUAUUAUUAUUAUUAUUAUAUGUUGUGUGAAUAGCAUCGUAUCAACAAAACUAAUUGAUAUAGAGAUUUUUUUAAAGAGAAAAUCUUGAUACCUUAGGCUGCUUGAAGCAAAAUACCUCAGGUUCUUUUGAAAGGCUUGUUCCUCCCCAUGUACCCAUUUUGUGACGAUGAAACAAAAUACAAACAUUACAAAAUAUGAAAA